AUGUACUGCAACGACUUCUCCGGUGCUGCCUUCCCAGGAUGCUACUGGGGUAGCUACGGCUACCCACUGGGGUAUAGUGUUGGCUGUGGUUACGGCAGCACCUACUCCCCAGUGGGCUAUGGACUUGGCUAUGGCUACAACGGCUGUGGGGCUUAUGGCUACAGAAGAUACUGGCCAUUUGCUCUCUACUGA